AUGGAGACGAGUCCCAUCCCGGUGCUGACGGUGCAGACCGCCCCCUUCGAGGACCAGCGGCCCGGCACCAGCGGGCUGCGGAGGAAGACCGCGGUGUUCGAGGGGAAGAAGAACUACCUGCAGAACUACAUCCAGAGCCUGCUGUCCUCCAUCGACCUGCGGGACCGGCAGGGCUGCACCAUGGUGGUGGGCAGCGACGGCCGCUACUUCAGCCGCGCUGCCAUCGAGGUGAUCGUUCAGAUGGCGGCAGCCAACGGGAUCGGUCGCCUGGUAAUCGGUCAUAACGGCCUCCUGUCCACCCCGGCUGUUUCCUGCAUCAUCAGGAAGAUCAAGGCCAUCGGUGGGAUUAUUCUCACCGCCAGUCACAAUCCUGGAGGUGCCGGGGCAGACUUUGGAAUCAAAUUUAAUGUGGCAAAUGGAGGCCCUUCUCCAGACACGGUGAUGGACAGGAUUCACCAGGUGAGCAGGACUCUUGAGGAGUAUGCCAUCUGUCCAGAUCUCCGAAUUGACCUGUCCAGACUGGGAAGACAGGAGUUUGACCUCGAGAACAAGUUCAAACCUUUCAGAGUGGAGAUCAUAGACUCAGUCGACGUGUAUCUACAACUUCUGAGAACCAUCUUCGACUUCCCCUCCAUCAAAAGUCUCCUCACAGGACCAAAUCAGCUAAAGAUCCACAUAGAUGCCAUGAAUGGAGUGAUGGGCCCGUACGUUCGUAGGAUCAUGUGCGAUGAGCUGGGAGCCCCCGCUAACUCUGCCGUCAACUGCGUCCCCCUGGAGGAUUUUGGCGGCCGGCCUCCGGAGCCAAACCUCGUUUACGCCACCUCCCUGGUGGAUGCCAUGAAGGGGGGAGAGUUUGGCUUUGGAGCAGCAUUUGAUGCAGAUGGGGACCGCUACAUGAUCCUGGGAGAAAAUGGCUUCUUUGUGAACCCGGCGGACUCAGUGGCCAUCAUGGCUGCUAACCUUUCCACCAUCCCGUACUUCAGACAGCACGGCGUCAAAGGCUUUGCAAGGAGCAUGGCCACCAGUGCUGCCCUUGACAGGGUAGCCAAAGCCAUGAAACUGGCGCUGUAUGAGACCCCCACAGGCUGGAGGUACUUCGGGAACCUGAUGGAUUCUGGGCGUUGCUCCCUCUGCGGGGAGGAGAGCUUCGGGACAGGUUCAGAUCACAUUCGGGAGAAGGACGGUUUGUGGUCGGUGUUGAUGUGGUUGUCCAUCAUGGCGGCCAGGAAACAAGGUGUGGAGCAGAUUGUCCGAGAACACUGGGCCAAGUUCGGACGCAACUACUACUGCAGGUUUGACUAUGAAGGCCUGGACCCACGCGCCGCCUUUUACCUGAUGAGGGACCUGGAGGGAGUCCUCUCAGACAAAGCCUUCAGCAGCCAGAAGUUUGCUGUCGGAGACCACGUGUACAGCGUGGAGAGGGCAGACAACUUCGAGUAUAUUGACCCCGUGGAUGGAUCGGUGGUUCGAAACCAGGGUUUGAGGAUCGUCUUCAGCGAUGCUUCCCGCCUGGUGUUCCGGCUGAGCGGCAGUGGCGGAGGGAUGGGAGCCACCAUUCGCAUUUAUGCUGAGAGCUUUGAGAGAGACCCUGAGAGACACAGCAGAGAGACGCAGGUGGUGCUCGGCCCCCUUAUCGCCAUUGCCUUGAAGAUUUCUAACAUUCACGAGCGGACAGGCCGCCGCGGACCCAAUGUCAUCACAUGAGCGAGCAGGAAAACGCUCACCGACGUGCACACCCCAACAUGCAUCUACCUGCUCACACUGAGGAAAAAUUACCUUCGAAAUGUUCUUUCUUUUUACUCGACUGUCACUUUUGAAGAACUUUCUCUGCAGCUUUGGCCUCAUUGUUGUAACUUCCUACACAAUGAUACGCUUACUACUGGAGUUUAUUGCAUUUCAGCAACAAAAGUUAUGUUUCAGUCAAUCUUGUCCGUCACUGAGAAUAAAAUUGGUAAAUCUACAGUUUCUAAACCAGGGAGGCUAUUUAAUUACUGCUAUGAACAAUGAAAGCUUUGUCAACAAACAGAUGAAUGUGCAGACUGCUUGUUUCUGUCUUGUUUUGAAUGACGAAUCCAAAGAGCAAUGUUCAUUUUUUUUACAUCAGCGUGCUGUUUUUAUGAGACGGAGCAGCGUCCUCUUUCCAUGUUGCGUUUAUAUUGUCCUCUUUCAUCUAUCGCAAUCCUGUUUAACCAUUUCCGCCAGAAGUAAUCAUUUUGUCAAAGUCUGAAUUUUUGCUAAAAUACAUGAUUUUUAAGAUACAAAAAGGGCUUCGGUAAGGCAAGGUAUGAAAAUGAAUAGCAUAUUCACAAAGUAUUUGACAAAUUGUUAUUUUUUUUCCCUUUAAUUUGUUAGUUGGGAACGCUGUAUACCCAUAUUUGAAGAUGUUAUUACUUUUUUUUUUUUUAAAUCCCAAUAAACAUUUUUGUGUGUA